AUGUCGACCAUCACAAGGACCCUAGGCAAUAUCCGCAAGAUUGGCCUGAAGGAAUACUGGCACCAACUGAACUACAUUGGCGACACCAAGGCCGGAGUGUUGGUUGGCACCGACGCCUUUGGCAAUAAGUUCUACGAGAACAAGGACGAGUUGCCGCUUCGUACGAGAUGGGUCGACUACGCCAAGCACGACUAUGAUGCAGGCCACAUCGAGCCGCUUUGGCACGCUUGGAUUUCCUACAUGGUUGACACUCCCCCCAACCAAGACCCUAUCAAGGCGACGGCCGCCCGGCCGUGGAACCCGAAAGGACACACGCCGAACCAGACCUUCACUCGGGGAGCAUUUAAAACAUAUAACACGACGAAGCCUAAGAUCCAGUCUUGGGAGCCCUUCGCCGCGCCAAGGUAA